CACUCAGCUACUGAGAUUGUAUCAGACGGAGAGAUUUACAAAACUGUUAUUUAGCAAACCUAUUCACUUGCGUUUCAGCGUUGCUUGCACUGCAUUAGUGCACGUUAGUUUGUGCAAAAUAUUUUCUGUGCUCGAAUAUAUUCUCGUUUUAAAGUAUUAUAUCUCGUGCUCGAUGGAUUUGUUGUGGUUGCUGUGUGUAACGGUGAGCGUCAGCGCCUGGCACGCGUCUGGGGAACGACACAGUGUAUACUGGAACAGUUCAAACCCACAUUUUCUGUGGAACGAUUACACCGUGGAGGUCCGCAUCAAUGACUACCUAGACAUCGUGUGCCCACACUACACUCGUGGCAAGAUCCCAUCCCAGGAGGCCGAGCGGUACGUGUUGUACAUGGUGGAGCUGGAGGAUUAUGAAGCCUGCAAGCCCCAGUCAUUUGACCAGCUGCGCUGGGAGUGCUCCAGACCCUUCGCUGCCCACGCUCCUGAGAAGUUCUCUGAGAAGUUCCAGCGCUACACUCCCUUCACUCUGGGCAAGGAGUUUCGCCAGGGAGAAAGUUACUACUAUAUUUCCAAACCUCUUCACCAUCAUGGACAAGAGUGUUUGAGACUGAAGGUGGAUGUGGUUGGAGCUCAUGGUUCCAAAAACAAGAAAAUGACAGUGGAAAAGAAAGAGAUGGAAGAAAGAAAGAUGGCUGCAGGAGGCGUUCACAAUCCAUCUAACAGGCUUCCGGCAGCAGAUGACCCCAUCGCAAUGAUCCCAGUUGUAGAGAGGAGCGUGGGCAGUUCUGGUGUCCGCGCUACUUCGGUCUCAAUUUUGGUCACGUUGGCCUCUCUAUUGCUCAUAGUGCUUCUACACUGAGCCUCAUAAGAACUUUUUGGACUCUGGUCCUUUGGGAGACAACAGACUUUACGCCGGUGCUGGUCACUGGCUCCACAAAAAUUUUAUACCAGGAAUUUUUUAUACGAAGUAAAUAGACUGAAGUUUUGGUGCUGGUGUGAAAGUAUUGUGUGUGUGUGUUGCGUGAUGUGUCUGUGAGAGUGACAUUGUGACCAGAGAAUGGUGUUACUGAAUAACCUAUUUGUUUUUGAAGAGUAUUUACCAUUCUGAAAUGAUUUCCCUGUUUAGCUCUUUCCACACUUAUUUUUGUAGACUGUAUUGGGCAGUUUCCCAGACAGGGUUUAGUUUAAGUCAGGACUAGGCAUUAAGUUGUAUUAUUUAAGUCAUUUUUACAAUUCAGAAAUUUAAGUUUUACAAACAUACCUUGACACAAAGCAAUGGCCUUGAUAUAUUAAGAUAUGUGAGUGCAAGCCGUUUUCAGUUAGGACAUCUCAAACUACUUUUUAGUCUUGGAGUGACUUUAGCCCUGUCUGGGAAACUGACCCUAUGUGUUUUGUUCUACCUGAAAAUCAUCACAAUUAUACUUACCAAUGUUAAAAACAAACCUUAAAGUCUGGAGAUCUUGUUGUUUACCAAAUAAUUGUUUCUGAACUCAAGAAUGGCUAUAUAUUGUGUUUGAUCAUCUCUCGAAUGUACCAAGCUUAAAACCUUUGAGCCAAAGAUCACGGGUAUCACUUACACCUUACCCUGACUUUGAACCUUAUAAAGAAUUGAUGUUUGUGCAUAUAACAGUGUUUGUAAAUCUAAAACAGUUAUGGAGCAUUGAUGUUUUCCUGUUUCAAUCUGUUGUUGCUGUUGUUUAAGUUGGUUUCUGUGAUGUAAUGUGAACACACCCUACAAAAUGUACUGCCACUAAUUCAGAAAGCCACUAAUCAUACUGCAAAGAUAUAGAUAAUAUCAGAUUUGUUUUCUUUCAUAACAACAUUUGGUCAGCUAUGUUAAGUUAUGCAUUUUGUGUGUGUGAGAGUUUGUAUGUGCGUGAGAGAGAGGCUGGACUUCUCUUCUGAUUCUGACAGCAAGCAAAACUGUACUUGCACACAGAAAUUAUUCAAAUUCUCUAAGUUAAAUGGAAAUUUGCUUUUGUAAAAAGUUUGUGUUUUGGUUUAUACACAUGUAAAUAGUUCUGUAAAAAAUGUACAUAUUGAGAGUUAUAUAAAAUAAAAACCUUUGUUAAUUAUGAAAA